GCGAGGGCGGGGUCCGGUCGCACACCCGGAAGCGGGUGCAGACCCGCCGGCCGGCUUGCCGAGGGGGCCAUGGCCGCGGCUGCGCCGGCCGCCGAGGGAGCCCCUGGACGGGGACCUCCCGGGGAAGUGAUUCAUUUGAACGUGGGAGGCAAGAGGUUCAGUACCUCUCGCCAGACUCUCACCUGGAUUCCAGACUCCUUCUUCUCCAGCCUUCUGAGCGGGCGCAUCUCCACUCUGAAAGAUGAGACCGGAGCCAUCUUCAUCGACAGGGAUCCCACCGCCUUCGCCCCCAUCCUCAACUUCCUGCGCACCAAAGAGUUGGACCCCAGGGGUGUCCACAGUUCCAGCCUCCUCCACGAAGCCCAGUUCUAUGGGCUCACUCCGUUGGUUCGUCGUCUGCAGUUGCGGGAAGAGUUGGAUCGAUCUUCCUGCGGAAACGUCCUCUUCAACGGUUACCUGCCUCCACCAGUCUUUCCGGUGAAGCGGCGAAACCGGCACAGCCUGGUGGGACCCCAGCAGCCUGGGGGCCGCCCUGCGCCCGUCCGACGGAGCAACACCAUGCCCCCCAACCUGGGCAAUGCCGGGCUGUUGGGCCGCAUGCUGGACGAGAAGGUCUCGCCUUCCCCUCCAGGGCUGCCCGAGGAGCCCGGGAUGGUGCGUUUGGUGUGUGGCCACCACAACUGGAUCGCUGUGGCCUACAGCCAGUUCCUGGUCUGCUACAGGCUGAAGGAAGCCUCCGGCUGGCAGCUGAUCUUCUCCAGCCCCCGCCUGGACUGGCCCAUCGAGCGGCUGGCCCUCACCGCCCGGGUGCUGGGUGGGUUGCCGGGCGAGCAUGACAAGAUGGUGGCUGCGGCCACGGGCGGCGAGAUCCUGCUGUGGGCCCUGCAGGCCGAAGGCGGUGGCUCCGAGAUAGGAGUCUUCCAUCUGGGGGUGCCCGUGGAGGCCCUGUUCUUCGUCGGGAACCAGCUCAUCGCCACCAGCCACACGGGGCGCAUCGGGGUGUGGAAUGCCGUCACCAAGCACUGGCAGGUCCAGGAGGUCCAGCCCAUCACCAGCUACGAUGCAGCCGGAUCCUUCCUCCUCCUCGGCUGCAACAACGGCUCCAUCUACUAUGUGGAUGUGCAGAAAUUCCCCCUGCGCAUGAAGGACAACGACCUCCUGGUCAGUGAGCUCUACCGGGACCCAGACGAGGAUGGGGUCACAGCUCUCAGCGUCUACCUCACCCCCAAGACCAGUGACAGUGGGAACUGGGUUGAGAUUGCCUACGGCACCAGCUCUGGGGGAGUCCGGGUCAUUGUGCAGCACCCCGAGACCGUGGGCUCGGGCCCGCAGCUCUUCCAGACCUUCACAGUGCACCGCAGCCCCGUCACCAAGAUCAUGCUGUCAGAAAAGCACCUCAUCUCAGUCUGCGCCGACAACAACCAUGUGCGCACGUGGUCCGUGACGCGCUUCCGCGGCAUGAUCUCCACGCAGCCCGGGCCCACCCCACUCGCCUCCUUCAAGAUCCUGGCGCUGGAGUCGGCCGUUGGCCAGGGUGGCUGCAGCGCGGGCAAUGACAUUGGCCCCUACGGCGAACGAGACGAACAGCAGGUUUUCAUCCAGAAGGUGGUGCCCAGUGCCAGCCAGCUCUUCGUGCGGCUAUCCUCCACUGGGCAGCGGGUGUGCUCCGUGCGCUCCGUGGAUGGCUCCCCGACCACCGCCUUCACUGUGCUUGAGUGUGAGGCCUCCCGCCGUUUGGGCUCCCGGCCCCGUCGCUACCUGCUCACUGGCCAGGCCAACGGCAGCCUGGUCAUGUGGGACCUGACCACCGCCAUGGAUGGCCUUGGCCAGACCCCAGCCGGAGGCCUGACGGAAGAGGAGCUGAUGGAGCAGCUGGAGCAGUAUGAGCUCACCCCACUGGCCUCCUGGCGGGGCUCCUUCCCCAGCCCCUCGCCCCACGCCUCCCUCACCAGUCUCCACUCAGCCUCCAGCAGCCCCUCCCUGUGUGGGCGCCGAGGGAGCCCCAGUGCCCCCCAGGCCGAGGCCCGGCGUCGUGGGGCAGGCAGCUUUGUGGAGCGCUGCCAGGAGCUGGUGCGGGGUGCGCCCGAGCCCCGACGGCCACCCACGCCCGCUCCUAAGCCCCACACGGCACCCCCCAAAGUGAAGCUCAACGAAACAUCCUUCUGAACACACCUGCCACUGUGCCUCUGGAUACACAGGUCUUGGGGGCACUCACAUGCCUCCCCGCCUCCUGGCAGAGCUCUGGGUUCAGGGCCAGGGCCUCCAUGGAGUGGUGACUGUUACAAAAACCCCACUGCCCCCUCUUCAGAGCCAAAGUCCUACAC